AGAAUGUCUUGCUGAUAAUUAUUCCAGAGAGGAGAUAAUCAGAAUAAACAUGGAACAACACUUGAUAUAUAUCAGUCUUUGUAUCAAACCAGAUGAUCUGCUUUUAUAUCUGCGCUGCUUUUCUGAAGAACAAAAGUCAGCUAUUCUUUCGGAGAAAAAUCUCAUAAAGGCAUCAAGAAAGACCCUAGAAAUGUUAUUACAUAAUGUUGAGGAACCAGGGAGAUUUGUUGAACUGAGGGAUGCUCUUUCUGAAAAUGAUGGUUAUCCAAAUAUCGUGCGUAUCUUGGACGGCGAUUGCAAUCCUAAAGAUCAGAACUACGCCAAGGUGGUAGAACUCUUUACCCGCGGAAUAAUCGUGCGUCUAAAUCCAUCAGAGUUAUUGCCCCAUCUUCUGCAAAAAGGCGUUUUCAAACAAAAGGAUGUAGGAGAAAUAAGAGCGGAAGAGAAAAAUCACGGAAAGAUGAAAGCUGCUUGUGUUUUACUGAUGUACUUACCACGUCGCAUUGCUGACUGGUUCAGAUGUUUUUUGCAGGUCUUGAUCAAAUGCGACCUUGAGGAUAUUGCUGAAAUGCUUGAUACAGACAUGUUCAAAGAUAUUAAACUCACACAGACAAAUGAACAAGGCCGUGAAGUAAUUUCUAUUAAAGCCCCGCAACUUAAAAUGAAUGACAAUUUGAGUUCUGAAUCAAAUUUAAACGCUAAAACCAAACUUUCCGGAAAACUAGACGAUGCAAUAGCAUCAGAAACAGAGUUGCGUUUUAUGAGAAACGAUAAAGUGGCAUCCAAUGAAGAACCAAAUGCACCAGUAUUGGAGUCAAAUAGUGCAAAUAGAAAUGAUCAAACACUAGCAAAUGAAAUGAUUCAUGAAUCAGAACCAGAAGUAUACAAUUUAAAGAAAAUGCAGAGAUAUGCAAUUUGUGAAAUGGCAUGCGGAAGACGUAUAACAGUUAUGAAAGGAUCAUUAGUGGAUCUUAGAGUAGAUGUAAUGGUAAACACUACAGACGGUGCUGUUUCAUUAACAUCAGGGCUUGCAAAGGCCAUAAGUGAGAAAGGAGGAGAAAAGAUAAGGAGAGCGUGUUACAAGUAUUUUCAAACACAAGGAAGCAUAGACGAGGGAGAAGUAUUUGUAAGCGAGGCUGGUGGUCUACCUGCUAAACAUGUGGUGGACGUGAAUAGCCCAAUUAAGAGAGAAGGAACAGAAGAUGAGCUGAGAUUACUCAGAGAAACAGUCAUGAAAGCAAUGAUGGAAGCUUCAGUUAGAAAGGCCCAGACAAUUGCAUUACCAGCAAUCAGUUGCGGAAUGUCUGGAUUUCCAACGGAGACGGCGACAAGACAAAUAGUGCAUGCAGUGAGAAAUUACUUCCGGAUGGAACAAUCGAGUAGUUUGAAGCAUGUAUACCUUGUAGCCAUUAUCCCAAAAACUGCCAAAAGUUUUCAAGAAGCCUUGUGCUGUGAAUUUGAAGAUGACACGAAAUGUACUGUAGAGGUGGUGAAAGAAUCUUGAUAAAAAUAAUAUGCGGAAUGUGCAGUGAGAA